GGAGAACGUAAACUUCCAACAUGGCGUCUGGUGGCCAGAGGAUCUAUAAUACUGUCAGUGUGACAACCCCUCUGAAUCAGAGUGAACCAGAAAAUACGAGUGAGUGCAGGGUCUGCAAUGAAGUUUUCCGUUUCCAAGGUGACAAGGUACCACGAUUGUUGGUCUGUGGCCACACAUGCUGUCACCAGUGUCUCACUCGCCUACCACUCCAUGGUCGGUCUGUAUUAUGUCCAUUUGAUCGGCAGCCAACAGAGAUUGGAGAUUCUGGUGUGUGGGGACUGAAGAAAAACUUUGCUCUACUUGAACUGCUGGAAAAAAUCCAAUAUCCUAAACAGAGCCAGAACUGGGCCAUUUCAGAAAGAGCUCUGAACCGAGAGGAAGGGUUUGCAAUUCCCUGUGAUGAGAAUGAGCACCACACAGCGGUCAUCUUCUGUAUUGUGUGCAGCACCCAUCUGUGUCUGGACUGCUCGGAAACAUCCCACUCCACACGGACACUGGCCAGACAUAAACGAGUGCCAAUAUCAGAGAAGCCCAGAGAGAACCCUAAGUGUGUGUUUCAUCCAAUGCACCUCGUUGAGUUUGCCUGCCUGGAAGAGGAAUGCAAGACAACACCCCUGAUGUGCUACAUAUGUAAAGAUUAUGGCAGGCACACCAAACACAAGCAUGCUCUCUUGGAGAAUGAGGCGGAGAGUGUGAGAUCUUCCAUCAUCAGCGCCGUGCAGAGAAUCCGAUCGUUUGCCGAGGAGGUAGCGGAGUCUGCCAGGAAGUUGGGGUCCGUCAUCCAGCACAUCGAGGGGGGCCUGCAUGUGAUCACGUCAACUGAUGGCAGUUCCUCCACACAACAGAUUCCUGGUACCGCUGAGCAGUCUCGUCUGAAGAUUAAGCAGUACUUCCAUGAUCUGCGUGAGAACUUGAACCGGCAAGAGAUUGCAGCUCUGACGGCAGUGGACACCCACAUCCGGGAGAAGCUGUGCAUGCUCCGGCAGCAGCAGGAGGACAUGACGAUGCUGCUCUCCCAGAUCUCCUCCGUCUGUCACCAGUGUGAGGGGGCGCUGCAACAGGACGACACCAAGGUGUUGCUGGCCAAGCCAGAUGUGAAUAACUUACUGGACACAAUACAGAAACAGCAACAGCAGUUCCUGGAUCUCCCAGACCAGCUGGCUCUCGACCCAACCAUUCCCAUCACAUUCACCAAGGAUAACCGAGUGCACAUCGGGCCCAAGAUAGAGAUGAGGGUAGUGACGCUAGGCCUGGAUGCAGCAGGGAAGACUAGCCUACUCUUCAAGCUGAAACAGAAUGAGUUCAUACAGACCAUACCUACAAUAGGUUUUAAUGUUGAGACUGUUGAAUACAAGAACUUCAAGUUCACCAUCUGGGACGUGGGAGGGCAGCAUAAGAUCCGACCUCUCUGGAAACACUACUUCUUUAAUACUCAAGCUGUGAUCUAUGUGGUUGACAGCAGCAACAAGGAGCGUCUGUCAGAGGCCCACAGUGAAUUGGCUAAACUGGUCCAGGAGAAGGAACUGAAGGAGGCUUCACUGCUCAUCUUCGCCAGCAAACAGGACAUUGAAGGAUGUGUGACUAUAGAGGAGAUAACUGAGCAGUUUGGUUUGUUCAAGCUUUGCUGUAACAGGAGCUGGCACAUCCAGGCAUGUGAUGCCAAGAGCGGGUAUGGACUUUGUGAUGGGCUGGAGUGGCUCUCUAGACAGAUGGUGGCUGCAGGGGCCCCUGAACUUGCGUAAAAUCUGGAGUGGACUGUGUGAUGGGCUUGAGUGGCUCUCAAGACAGUUGGUGGCUGCAGGGGCCCCUGAACUUGCGUAAAAUCUGGAGCGGACUGUGUGAUGGGCUGGAGUGGCUCUCUAGACAGAUGCUGGGCACAGGGGCCCCUGAACUCAUGUAAUGUCUGGGGUGGUCUGUGUGAUGGGCUGGAGUGGCUCUCUAGACAGAUGCUGGGCACAGGGGCCCCUGAACUCAUGUAAUGUCUGGGGUGGUCUGUGUGAUGGGCUGGAGUGGCUCUCAAGACAGAUUCUUGGCGCAGGGGCCCCUGAACUCAUGUAAUGUCUCAAGUAGACUUGUGAUAUGGAGCUGCUCUCUUGACUGAUGGUGGCCACAGGUGAACAGUGUGAUGUUGUAUUGAGUGACAUUCAAGACAGCAGCAGUGCACUAAGGAUGUGGACCAUGUGGAUAUGGACUGUGUGACUAUCUAGAGUGCCUCUAGACAAAAUGGAAGCAUACUUUUAAUCUGGCAUGAAAAUACCAACGGAGUACUAUGUGAUAGUGUGUGCUACAGUGCUUCCAAUCGGAGCCGAAAGCGAGACCUCAUCAGAUCUUACAAGAAUACGCCUGUGGCCUGAGUUAAGCUGUCCAGCUUAGAACACCGUCGCCAUGAAUCACUGCAUGAAACACCACUUCACCUAUGUUGUUGACCAGAGGCCCAUGGACAUAUGUGUUGUUAUUUGAACGACUGUAAUGGUAGCUUGUUAGACUGGGCUAAGAGUGUGGGAAUGUGUUUUAAAAUGUUGAAGGAUACCUGUGAUUGCUGUGGUGUUCAGAAUGGGAUGUUGGUAUGCAAAGAUCUGAGGGGAAAUGUGAGGGUGACUUUUAUUCAUUUGACACCUGCCAAGAUAAUUUGAUCUUCCAUAUUAUUGCAGUCAUCGUUAUACAUGUUAUGAGAUGUCCAAGUUCCAAUCCUGGUAUUAAUUCAAGUAUUUGUGGGAAUCGCCAAAAUGAUUACCUUAUAUAGAACAAUGUAUGUAUAAAAAAUGAGUAAGUUUCUCAUUUGCAUUGUUGAUGUGGCUGGUUAACAGACAGCAAUUCUUUUCAUGAAAAAUGAUAAAAGUUUUCUGAUGUCUCAUCACAAUCUCUUUGCAUAAAGAUCUGAGGACACCUCAGCAGAAGGAUGCUUCAAGUAAAUCUUUUGAUCAGCUGACCAGCAUUGAGGCUUCUGAAUUUGUAGUACUAGUGAGCGAAGCAUUGAGAACAGCACAAAGGAUUUUGGUAUCUCAAAAACGAUCUUAAACAACCUUUCCAGAAUGUACAUAAAUAAGAACAAGCUUUUUUCUAUACACCCUGUUGCGCAGCGUUCUCCUGACACAAACUUCUAUGGGGUGACCUCAGAUCCUAACGCAGAGAGAUAUCAUAUUGGCAUAAAACAUCUGUUUUCAGUGAGGUUGGGCUGAUCGCAUGUUAAACUAGGACAAGGAUACGACAAACUGGUAGUCCAAGCAAGGUAGAUUCAAGUCGUUCAAACACCACUUUGAUUUUUUGAACUUAAGGCUUAACCUGUAUCAUGAGGGUCAAUAUGCAGUUAAUGAUUAUCCUAAUUGCACAAUGAAAAUGGUCAAAUUUGACACAGGGCACUAAUUGAUCUGGACAAGACAUGGGCACCAAACUGUGGAGAUUGUCUUUAACGGCCAUGACAACGCAAGUGUAUUGCUGUUAUGUUUCUAGUAAUAUGUAGUGCAAUAGUUUGUUAGGGGUAGGCUACAUUAUUCAAAAUAAUAUAUUUAUCAUGGAAAAUAAUAUGUAACUCUUUCUAGAUGUAUGUUUCUUAUGAAAGAACAUUUCUUACUUGACAUAGUACCAGACCUUUCCUGUACACUGUCAGUAGUCUACUUUACAUCUAUGUCUGCUUCACAUCAUUCCUGAAUCUUGAAUUCUGAAUUCUUUUAUAAUGAACAAUAAUGAAAGACAGAAUGCCAGAAUCUUUUGUAGUCCAUGGGUCACGCUAUUUUUCAGAGCAUUAUCAUUUGCAGAAGCCUGAGGUCUUCCAUUAACUGUUUGACAAAGGAGGGCAGUUGAAAAGACCUAGGGCUUCAGCAAAUGAUAAUGCCCUGAAAAAGAGUGUUACCAUUAUUAUAGCAAAAAUGGAUGGAAUUUGUUAUCAAAUAAAAAGAAACACCAAUAUCAGUUUUGAAACAUUUACUGCCAUCAACACAAAUGUCACUGACCCACUUUUACAGAUAUAGAAACGUUAUAGUACAAACCAGAUGAUGUCACUAUUGAACGUGAUGUCACCUAUCCCUACCCUAUGACGUCACCUAACAACGUGCGUGAUAAUGGACCGUUGUCAAGCAGUAUGAGGGCAUUAUCAAGUUACAGUGGCCCGCUGCUUUCUGAUAACAUGCGGGCGGUUUAAUGAUAAUUCUAUCCAUUUUAGCUAUAAAUACAUGUUAAAUCAGAUUAUUCUACCAAAAUGACAGCACUUUUGGAAUGAUAAGUUUUUGAAUAAUUUUGGCAACCAACUUGUUUUUGCUAAAGAUUUUUUAUGUGACACAAUUCUCUGUGAUAUUUGUGGAUGUUUUGUGACAGAUGAUCAUGAUGAUGACCUGUAGUGCAAGCUGUAGAGGCUGUACUGUGCACACUUGUCUGUUACUGACAACUGAUAACUCCACUGAAGUGUUGUAAGGUGAUGUUUUACUGCCAUUAGAAGCUUUGAACGCUGGGCAAGAUGUUGAUCAGGAGGAUGGUUUGGUGAUAGCAGGGUCUGGUGUAUCUGCAGCAGACUACCGGUAAUCGGGUUCAUCCUAGUGUGUUCAGUUGUUUUGCAUAUUGGUGAGAGUUUCAGUGGACUAGUUGUUGAUGUUAGGUUUAGAUGGACUCGAGCACUCGAUCAGGGAAGAUAACUCACAUCCACAGAACUAGUUGUUGAGUUCAUAGAAGGAAAAUAAUGUUGACUAGUAUUCUGAUGGGAACUCAAGCACAGGUUAGGUAUAGAUGGACUCGAGCACUUGAUCAGGGAAGAUAAUUCACAUCAGUGGAACUAGUUGUUGAGUUCAUAGAAGGAAAAUGAAGUUGACUAGUAUUCUGACAGGUACUCAAGCACAGGUUAAGUAUAGAUGGACUCGAGCACUAGAUCAGGGAAGAUAAUUUGCAUCAGUGGAACUAGUUGUUGAGUUCAUAGAAGGAAAAUAAAGUUGACUAGUAUCCUGAUGGGUACUCAGGCACAGGUUAGGUAUAGAUGGAUGCAAGUAUUUGAUCAGGGAAGAUAACUCCCAUCUUCAUUCUUUAACACUCAUGUUGCAGACACGAACGAAAAACAGACCAGGGUCUGGUCGCAUAUUGACUUUUAUGAUGCUGAGAAAAAAGGAGGAAAUGUCAAAUGUGUGUCAUACUAUUUAGGUAGUUGAUUAUGGGUGGGUUUUGAGACGUGGUAUUGAAGUUGGUUUUCUCCUACUCAUCAGAGUUUGUAGUUAGAUGUUUGCUAGAUGUGUGUGUUAUUUGUUGUAGAACUCUUGUGACAGAAUGCUGUUCAUUGUCUCUCUGUUAUAUCAUCUCCAUUACAUCAUCUCUCUGUUACAUCGUGGCGUUUGAUCUCAGGAUUUGUAUGAUUUUAAUAUUUGGCUCACAUGUCGCUAUUGAUAUGAUGAAGACAGAGUGUUGCUCUUAUUUUGUCCAAUUGUAUUCACACAGUUUGAGAAGGAACGAUGUAGAACAAGUAAUAACAAGUUAGAAUAGAAUGCCUUAACACCCUUAAAUCUUACAUCUAUCCUUACCUUGCUUAUGGUUAUGUGUGCUAUAUAGCACCUUUGUAGUGUGUCAGGGCAUGCCAUCAUGGUGCAGAGUUACCUCCUCUGCAGUGUUGAAGCCAAUUCUCACAUUCACAAUUGAUUUUGUGAUUAGGAAUGUUAAAAACACACUGAUUCAAAAUCAAGCAUGUUUUGUGUUAUGUUAUUGAAAUUGAUAUCACUUUUGAAUUUUUUCAGAUAUAACAUAUACUUUCUUUCUCACUUGUUGCAGUACAGUCAAGGGAGCUAGGUAACUCUGAUUUUGAACUCUGCUUUUUCAGGGGGCAUUGGUGGCCCAGUCGUCUAAGUUGCAGCAAUUCGCUGUGCAGACUUGCGUUACAUAGGCCAGAAACCUUAUGAGUUUGCUUCACAUCCCAGAUUCUCCCUGAUUAUCUUUCUAGGUUUGUCAUUACCAUGAUUACCAUACUCAUGGGUUUCACCAAAGUGGUAAACGUUUGAGACCUGCAUCACUUUGGCUUUCCUCCCACAUCAAGCUGACACACCGUGAUAUAUCUGAAGUACUGUGCAACUUUGCAUUAAACAAAACUCACUCUCUCACUCUAGAAGUGAGACUCCACAUGGAUGAUUGUUGUCACAUCAUUUGUCUCAGUUUAUGGAUUCAGAGACUGUUCCACAGCAAACAAGGCACUACAGCGAUCGUAUCCCCCAUAUUCUAACAUAGACUUACGAUCAUUCUAGCGCUAAGAUCGCUCUUUGGAACGGGCUCAACACUCUCUCAUUUCAGUAAACCUACACUAACCCCUGGAUCCAUUCCUGUGGUUCAUACAAUCUCAAAUUACCCGCCCUUGAUUUUCAUCAGCCAUUUUGAUUAAGCUACAUAGUCUAACGGACCAGUAUGUAUGAGAAUUAAAAACCAUCCUCAAUGUUGGAUUGGCAAUAUCUACAACAUGGCAGUCAAAUAGAGUUUGCAAGAAAUUCGACUUUGAAAAACUGACUGACACGCAAAAGAAAGCCUUCAAAGAUCAUUUUGAUGGAAAGGAUGUCUUUAUGUCCAUUAAGACUGAGGGUGGCAUGUCCUUUUUCCAUAUUGUUGAUUGGUUGAUGAAAUGUUGAUGAAAUGUUGAUGAAGAUCAAGGGAGGGUAAUUUGAGAUCCAGGGGUUGGUUUAGGUUUACUGAAAUGCGAGCCCUGGAGAUAUAGAGGAUGAAAUUCUGUUUGAAAUGUUUCAUGCUCAUCUCUAUGUUGUUGAAUGAUGUUCUUGUGGUUUAUAGCCUUUAGAUUCUUAUGUCAUAAAUAUAUGAACAUAUCACGAUUGUGUGGAACGGCAUCAGUGUUUGUUGCUACCAAUGUGUGUUGAUAAGUGGUUCAUGUUUUAAAAAGACUUUCCUAAAUGAUAUGUAAUAAUAUGUAUGCUUUUCUACAUUUAUAGUUUAAGAUCCUAGUUCUAGCUGGAAAUAUAGUUGGAGGAUGCAAGAUAUCUGUGAUACAGGAAUAUAAAGGUGAUUAAGAGGCUGAACCUAGUAGUGUAGAAUAACAUAAUACAAUGCCUCCUAUCAGAUUACUCAUGUUAACACAGUGCUGAAGUAUUUGUAUUGUGUUUUGAAAAAUCAAGUUGGACCAUGCAUGAUAUUACCAUUUUAGUAGAUUUUAGAAAGUUGUGAGAUUAGUGUUAAUCAGUUCUUGGUAGUCUUUGAUAGGCAUUUAGAAGUUGGAAGACAUGAAUUUACAAAUAUUUGGAUAACAUGGUUCUUGGUUUUCAUUAACAAAACAUGAAUAGACGACAAGUUGGUUACUUUUCGUCUGGUCUUAUUCCCCGAAGAGAGGAUAGACAUUUUUGUGUCAACAUAGGUUUUGAAGAAUGAAAUAUUUUUUUUAUAUUUCUCUUAGCAAUUGUUGAAAAAUAACUUAUGGAAUAAUAUGAAUAUAAUAUUGAUUGUGCUUUUAAGGUUUUUCCAAAGGCGAUUUUAAGUUUAUUGUGGACCUAAACCUAUCUUUGCUGUCCAUAUUUGGCAAGUUUAGUGUUUAAGUACCUAAAUCUGGUGGUAAUCUGUUCAUGAUCAGACAAUCACUACCAAACAACUUUGUAAUGUUUACUUAAUUUGGUUCAGACAUGCUGUGUCUUUGUUCCAAUUGUAUGCUGUGAAAAGUUCCUCUUUGCUGUUUUUACUGUGGGUAUGCCCCUCUGUAUGUCUGUGUAUAUCAUGGCAUCCCUGUGACAUCUCAUCCAAGUAGGAGUAGAGGGGAAGUCAGAUUAAGUGGGCCACAUGUCACUGGCGAUACAAACAAGGGGCACAUCAGUGGGUCUGUACAGAUACAAACAAGGGGCACAUCAGUGGGUCUGUACGGAUACAAACAAGGGGGACAUCAGUUGGUCUGUACAGAUACAAACAAGGGAGACAUCAGUGGGUCUGUACAGAUACAAACAAGGGGUACUUCAGUGGGUCUGUACAGAUACAAACAAGGGAGACAUCAGUGGGUCUGUACAGAUACAAACAAGGGGCACAUCAGUGGGUCUGUACAGAUACAAACAAGGGGGACAUCAGUUGGUCUGUACAGAUACAAACAAGGGGUACUUCAGUGGGUCUGUACAGAUACAAACAAGGGGCACAUCAGUGGGUCUGUACAGAUACAAACAAGGGAGACAUCAGUGGGUCUGUACAGAUACAAACAAGGGGCACAUCAGUGGGUCUGUACAGAUACAAACAAGGGGUACUUCAGUGGGUCUGUACAGAUACAAACAAGGGGCACAUCAGUGGGUCUGUACAGAUACAAACAAGGGAGACAUCAGUGGGUCUGUACAGAUACAAACAAGGGGCACAUCAGUGGGUCUGUACAGAUACAAACAAGGGGCACAUCAGUGGGUCUGUACAGAUACAAACAAGGGGCACAUCAGUGGGUCUGUACAGAUACAAACAAGGGGCACAUCAGUGGGUCUGUACAGA